AUGAAGAGGCUGAAGUCGAGCGAGGAUCUCCACUCGUACCAGGAGAAGAAAGAUGCUGUUAAAGAUUGGGGAAGAAAGGAGGAGCCUGGCUUGCAGCGUGCGUCCUCCUCUCUGCAGAGGAGCUCCUCCUACUACAGAUCCUCUGAAAGCGGUAGGAAGGUUUUGUCUUCAUCAUCAUUGAGGUACGACCGACCAGAAGAAGUUAAGGAAAGCUUGAAAAUGGCCAGAAAGCGGCCGGACUACGAUUUAGAGAGUUAUGAGCGUAGGAAGCAUUACGAUCGGUUUAGAGACGGAAGUGGCAGAGGGGUUUUGAGCCCUUCGCCCAAGGCCACAUAUUGUAUGGACCAGACGUAUAGGUCUGAGAGCUUUUCCGGACCAAGGAGAGACUUCCCAAAGGGGUUCAGGUCAGAGAGGGACAGGCCCAAGGGGGACAGUAUUGCCACGUCAUGGAGGAGAUUUGGAGGUGGCAAAGAGAGUGAUGAUGGGUCGAGGAGUGGGACUGAGUCGAGCAGAGGGAGUAGAAUGGAGUCUAAGGAAGUUGGAAAGUCGAGGUCUCCCCAGGGAGUUACAGAUGUGAAAUCCCCAGCUUGGUCUAAGGAUUCUGGAAGUGAGCUGUCAAAGAGUGUCGAGGGAAGGAAGUGUGAUAAUAUGCCGGUGGAGAGUGGUGGGCCCGGCAGUGAUCGGGAGGAAGGGGAGCUGGAGCCUGAUCCUCAGCCGCAUGCAGCAUUGGCUGAGCCGGCUGCUGAGGAUAGAGCUGCUGUCUGUGAGAGCUUGCCUCAAAAGAAGGCGGAUGAUGAAUUGCCUCUUGAAGAUAGUGUGCUGCAGGAAAGGGAGAGAUUCUUGUCUGUCGAUAAGGGGGAUGCAAGAGAUGGGGGAAGCUGGGACGGACAAGCAGAGUGUGAAAUAACUAAAGAUGUUGAGGAUGAUGUGGGGAAAAAUAAUGAUUUUGUUGGUUGUCAGGCCACGUCAUUUGAAAAGGGCGGUGAAUGUGGAGAUGAGAAUGAUAUGAAUGAUGACACUGGAGGUGAAAACAAUGUAGUUGAGGCUAGAAUGGGAGGCUCUUUAGAGGAGGAUGCAGACAGCACAUGCGGUGACAAGUUACUUUUACAAGAGCAAGAAGAAGAGAGAGGUGUUGAUGUUGAAAUGGAAGUGCGUGAGACUGUCGUUGCUGAAAAUGUGGAAAUAACAGCUGGAAGUGAACAUCCAUUUAAUGAGAAAAUGUCCCCUAUAUUGAAGGAUAAGGGCAAAGGUGUCGCUUUAUUGCCCUCCGACUGUCUUCCUCUGGCAGAAACUAAAUCCGAAGCUGAAAAUAAAGUGUGGGGCCUUGAAAAAAAUGGGGAUGUUGAGAUCGAAGGGCCGAGUGCCAGGGGAUUUCAGUUUUUCUCUGCUGAUCCAGUUAAGAAGCCAGAGGAAGUUCAGCACACAACAAGUAACAAGCCUAAAGAUGAUAAGUUGGCGCUCGAACUUUCCCUUAGCUUGCCAAAUGUUUUAUUACCUAUUGGUGCUCAGAGUAGAGGACAGGCCCCAGGUUCUCCAAGCCAUGGGAGAAGUAUGAACUCAUUUGCUAGCUCGUUUCGGACAAAUUCUGAUGGAUUUACAGCUUCCAUGUCGUUUUCUGGUUCUCAGCAUUUCACUCAUAAUCCCAGCUGUUCCCUGACUCAUAAUGCACCUGAUUUUGAACAGUCCGUCAAAAGUAAACCAUUGUUUCAAGGGGUGGAUUGGAAAGCUUUGGCAGAAGAGAAUAAGAAUGAAGAAGCUACAGCUCAUCAGGAAAUGGCGUCAAGAGAAAAUGUCUUUGUUCACCGGUCCCAAUCAACUGAAGGCAAGUCGGGUGGACAAGCUUUGGCGCAGACUACGAGAGUCACUGGGAGCAGUUCCAAACUGCCGGUUGCUCUGGAAAGGCAAUUAAGUUUCAAUAAACAUUUAUCUGGAGCACAGAGUUUUGGAUCUUAUGAGAAUGGACUCAAUCAUUGCACAGAGAGGAGGCAAUUAAUGACUGAGAAAGAUACUGAUAGCUUACAAAGGCAGAAAGGAUCAAAUGAAAAAGACCACUCAAUAAUGAUUGGAUCCGACUUUGCCGAAUCAAUAGUUUUUAUGACAGUUUCUGAACCUUUACCCAUAAUGUGUCGGAGGUUUAGUGAUAUGAGUGGGAAACAAAUUGCAAGUAUCAAAGAAUUUGUUCUCGACAUAAUUUGCAAUCCUGCGAAGCAAUGGCAGCUGAAUGCUCUUCAGAAGGCUCUACAGAAGAGGUCAGACGUAACCUUGGAUAUGCUAGUGAAUGCGCAUAGCACUCAACUGGAGAUCUUGGUGGCGCUUAAAACAGGUCUCCGGGAAUUUCUAUUGCAGAAAAAUGACAUCCCGACUUCCGAUCUGGCGGAGAUAUUUCUGAAUAUGAGAUGCCGAAACCUCAACUGCAAGAGUGUUCUGCCUGUGGAUGAAUGCGACUGCAAGAUUUGCUCUCGGAUGAGUGAUUUUUGCCGCGAAUGCAUGUGUCUCGUGUGUUCAAAGUUCGACAUGGCUUCGAACACGUGUAGUUGGGUUGGAUGUGAUGUUUGCUUGCAUUGGUGCCAUGCUGAUUGUGGGUUGCAAGAAUCGCAUAUCAGAAAUGGGAAGAGUGCAGUGGGUUCCCAGAGCUCGAUGGAAAUGCAGUUCUAUUGUGUUGCCUGUGGUCAUCCGUCUGAGAUGUUUGGUUUUGUGAAGGAAGUUUUCCAGAACUUUGUCAAGGAUUGGACAACUGAAAACCUCUCCAGGGAACUUGAAUAUGUGAGAAGGAUAUUUUGUGCGAGCGAGGACAUGAGAGGGAAACAGCUCCAUGAUACUGCAACCAAGAUGCUGUCCAAAUUGGCUAAUAGAUCAGAUCUUCAGGACAUACAGAAUUGUAUCAUGAAUUUUUUCAAUGAAAGCAAUCAUGACAGCAUCCCAUCAAUCGAACCCCGAAAGGAGGUACCAUCCAGAAACCAUGAAGCUAGUGACGGCAUUGGCAUUGGGGCCGGGUGGUUGAAGCCCGUCUAUCCAGAUAAGUCUCCGCACUUUGGACUCGAUGUCUACAAGAACGAUAAAUAUGCAACGAGGAGGAACCUCACUAUGUGA